AUCCGCAACGCGUAGUCUCUCGUGACACACGUCAAUAAUAUUCCCAUUACGCGUCGAGAGGGUUAAUUAAGACGAUAUCUUUUCUUUCGAGAAAAUCCUACAGGUUGUUUUGUGUAUGAUUUUUGGAUUUAUUGUAGUAACAUAAUUUGUUAAUGUUUAAAGCGGACAAAAAUAGGAAUUAUUUGUUGAGAGGCACACCUCGAAAAGUAAUAAAACUGUCAACAAAAAGGGAUCGUCCCAUAUAAUAGGUGGACUAUAAGUUCCACAGUAUUUGUUCUAAAACAAGUCAGAGUAAGGCAGCAAGGUGGCCAAAUUUGAGGGAAAGCUGUUUUCAGCAGUCAACAAUUUUUUUUCAACGUCACCCUUAGUGAAUCAAAUAAAGGAUCUUAUGACCAAACAAAACGACCAACCCGAUGCUCAAGACGGGGUACAAACGUUCAAAAGUCUCGACGUACCGAUCACCCAGCCAAUUCUACGUAAAAAAGAUACAACGGAUGGGAAACACGAAAACGAAAAAUCCGCCAAUUUACCGUCCAGAUUGAGUUGUGUUUCCAAAAGUCAAAUGAAAGAAUUCCGAGAAGCUUUCCGGCUCUUCGACAAAGACGGAGACGGUAGUAUAACCAAAGAAGAACUCGGAAGAGUUAUGCGAUCGCUGGGACAAUUUGCUAGAACCGAAGAAUUGCAGCAAAUGUUACAAGAAGUAGAUAUAGAUGGUGAUGGUAAUGUAAGUUUUGAAGAGUUCCUCGAUAUCGCUUGGUCAGCAGGAGCUGGUACCGAUGCCGAUCAAGUAUUAUCUCGAGAAGAGGAAGAAAAAGAGCUACGAGAUGCUUUUAGAGUGUUUGAUAAACACAAUAGAGGGUAUAUUACAGCUUCAGACUUGAGAGCUGUUUUACAGUGCUUGGGAGAGGAUCUUUCCGAAGAAGAAAUUGAAGACAUGAUCAAAGAAGUCGAUGUUGAUGGAGAUGGACGCAUUGAUUUUUAUGAAUUUGUAAAUGCACUGGGAGAACCAGGCGACGAUGAUAGCUACGAAGAAGACGACGAAGAAUACACUGGAUUUUAGUUUUAUAUAUUUAUUUAUUCUAUAAUAAUUAAUAAACUACUAAUAUUAAGGCAAUAUUACUUACAUCAAACACGAAUUUAGGUAUAACAUAUUUUUGAAUUUGAUCUAAACCAAUGAUACCAAACAUAAAGUUUAAUGAAAAUCUCGAAAAGCAGCUUCUUUGCAAAUUAAACUUAGUAUAGGUAAAUUUUUAGUAAGUAUCUUUAUAUAAAAAAGCACAAAAUUUUCUAAAAAAUUAAUAAAUUACUUAAUCAAAAGUCAAACAAAUCAAAUCAAAAUUGAUAUUUUUCUUGUAGUAGAUAUGUAAUUAAUCUAUUAGGAUUUUUUCCUGGCAUUGUCCGAUUUUUUUAAAAAUUAAAUUAAAAUGAACAAUGUAAUAUAGACAGUACAAAUACAUAAAACUUCAUAAUUUUAAAAAUACCUAAUACAGUGUUCAAAAUAUGAUGACCAAACAUUUUUGUACUGUAUAUAUUAUAGAAAACAAACUAUGUAUUUCAAAUUAUAUAACUAAAAUAAAUACAUUAUAAUAUAAUGUACCUUUUCUUAUUGUGAUGUGAUAUAUUCAAAUAUCUAUAUUAACUAUUAAAAAAAUGCUGUCAAUUUGUCCAAAUAAUUAUUAACUUAAAUACUAUAUACUUGGUGUUGUCCAUAUGAAUGUGACAGAAGAUAAAUUGAAAGAAACCAUCUUUUAUUUUUGAUUUUUUAUUUUUCUUCAAGAUUCAUUUCAUUUUUCAUACAAUUAUUUACAUAUAUUCCGAAAA